CUUUUUUUCUCUCUGCUCAUGUCAACCAUGGAGCAUUGACAUAACAGAAAGACCGUUCAAGCUCAGCUUUGCUUUAAGAAUCUGGAGAUGUCACGCUGUGAAACGGUAAUCCAUGUUCUCCCUUCCCUUUGCGCGGGCGGGGGAGGAGGGGGAGGUGCAGAAGCUGCUGUAGCCAUGGUGACGCUGAGUUACCUGAUGGAAGACGAGAGCCGAGACGACAGCUCACCUCUGCUGCUCGAGGCCCCAGCCAGAGAUACCCGGGGGGGUCACACCUGGACACGUUCGUCCUCAGCAGGUGACCCUGGGAACAUGCGGUGGUUCAGGUGGUUAGCGAGGAAUAACCUCCGCCUGAGUCUGGUGGUGCUGCUGGGGUGCUACGCGGCUAUUCUGAUCCCUGCCUACUCCCACGCAGACAGGCUGGCCCCUAUAGACGACGGCCAACCAGCGCCUCCAGAUCUGGCUCUCCUCAACCUCUCAGCUGACCUUCUGUCGGGGCCCUGCCUCCCACAAUGGGGUCGGGAUCGCCUGGGGACCUUGUCCUGCUCUGGGGGCCUCCUGGGGCUGGCCCCUGUGUUCGUGGAGGGGCCGCAGGAGGAGGUCGAGGGGGGGGGGGAGAGACGGGCACCCUGGGAGCUCCCCCCCCCGCUGGGUCUCCGGGGCAGCGAGCGGCAGGCGGCCCGGGCUCUGGCCUCGCUGCCCCGGCCCGGCCCCCCCCCCUGGCUGCAGGGGGGGGGGUGCAGGCGCUGCGUGGUGGUGGGCAGCGGGGGGGUGCUCCACGGCAGCCAUCUUGGCUCCUCUAUCGAUCAGUAUGAUGUCAUCAUCAGGCUGAACGCGGCUCCGGUGGGGGGCUUCCAGAGAGACGCGGGGUCCAGGACCACCAUUCGCCUGGUGUACCCCGAGGCAGCGCCCGCCUCCCCUGAGGAGUACCGGACCACCAGCGUGGUGGCCCUGGUGGUCUUCAAGAGCCUGGACCUGGACUGGCUGACCUCGGUGAUCACCAAGAGACCUCUGAGCUUUUGGUCCAAGUUGUGGUUCUGGAGGAAGGUGGUCGAGGAGAUCCCCCUAACCGCAGAACACUUCCGGAUCCUGAACCCGGAGAUUAUUCACCAGACAGGACGGGCUCUGCACAGCUACGCGCCCAGCGGGGGAACGAGGGGGCCCACCCUGGGGGCCAGCGCCGUGGUGCUCGCCCUGCAGCUGUGUGACCAGGUCAGCCUGGCGGGGUUCGGCUACGACCUGAGGCACCCAGGGGCCCGGCUCCACUACUACGAGGCCCUACGCAUGGACGCCAUGAAGGGCCAGGUGGUGCACGACAUCGGCUCUGAGAAACUCUUUCUCAGGGAUCUGGUUUCGUCGGGGGCUGUGACUGACCUUACAGGAGCGCUAUGAGCCCGUGGCGAGGAGAGAGCGAAGCGAGGGAGACACACACGAGUCGACACAAUGACAACGUCAGGACACUCGGCCACCGGGAGAGAACAACGUAUAAACACACCACGCUGACCUUUACCGCGCAGAGGGCUGCAGACAGCAUUGGAUUAGGAGACAGAGGGGAGGAGGGCGGAAUGUUGGUGUUUGUAGAUUUACUCUUGAAUUAUUAACCAGAUCACUGCACUUCUACCAGCUUCACAUUAUCUUCUUUAGAACAUUUAUGCAUUUUAGGUAUAAUUAAGGAUGGCAUUCUUUAUGAUAUCCUGGUUGGAUUUAGUAAGAUUUAACACAUAUAUGAUAAUUUUCUUUUACAUGAUUAUUAUAUAUUUUUAUAAAUACUAUCCAAAUAAUA